CUGUACUGUCCGCAGUCUCUGUUCAUCCCUGUGCUGUCCGCAGUCUCUGGUCAUCCCUGUGCUGUCCGCAGUCUCUGGUCAUCCCUGUACUGUGUCCGCAGUCUCUGGUCAUCCCUGUACUGUGUCCGCAGUCUCUGGUCAUCCCUGUACUGUGUCCGCAGUCUCUGGUCAUCCCUGUGCUGUCCGCAGUCUCUGGUCAUCCCUGUGCUGUCCGCAGUCUCUGGUCAUCCCUGUGCUGUCCGCAGUCUCUGGUCAUCCCUGUGCUGUCCGCAG